GUAGGUUUCAUUUGUAUAAAAGUUAUGAGCGCACAAGAGUAAGAGUUACAAAGCUCGGAUGUUCAUCAAGUAGGUAGAAUUUGAUUUUUAUCUAAGUUUUCAACAACCUUGGCCGGUUCACACAAAUGAUUCUUUUUCGCGUACAAUUUACUUGACUAACUCUUGCAAGUGAUUUUUACAAAAUGAUGCAUUUUAUUAUGAUUAGCUAAUAUUUUUUCAAAUAUAACUUGGUGCUUUAGCGUAUUUAACAGUAAUUUCAGGUAUCUCUGUUGUAUUGCAGACUUGCUUUUGAUGAGAAUUCUGAUCAACUAGGUAAGACCAAAUGGUCUAUGAGUGACUUGUUCAUUAUAAUGCCUGUAAGUUUCACAAUUCAUCCUACUGGGAUGCUGUACAAUUCUUAGCAAACCCAAAAGGGAAUGAACCUGACACACAACACUACUUCAUCACUUCCAUUGUUCUGGUAAUAGGUAGUAAAUUGUCGUGAUAAAGUAUUCCGUUGUGCAUUUUAAAGCAUUAUCCCCUCGCUUCAAUAAGUUUUUGUACCACACAAAGUAACUUUCCACGUAGUCUGAAAGGCUUUUCCCCAGUUUGGAGGUUUGUGGGGAUUUAUUUAUUGGUGCGAGGUUAGUAUUCAUCAUGAACUAACGUAGGUUGAAGAGACAUUGGAAACUUGGGGACACUAUACAGCUGUUCUGUCCUAGUAUGGGAUUCCUUAGCAGUGCGCACCCAUGGCCCCCCAGGGAUCGAACCAAGGACCCGUCGGCUGAACGGUAACGUGCUGACUGUGGAAGCCGAAGGUUGUGGGUCCGACCUCUGACAGGGUUACGGGUGGGCAUUGUUGAUGGGUCCGAUGCAAGGACGAAACAGCUAUCCAGUGCUCUCAGGUUUAGUAUCCAAAAAGUAACGGCUAAAUGUCUUAUAAUUUCUUCAAAAUGAUCAUAGCAUAUGAUUUUGGGGAAAAACCCAUUCGGGUUACUAUUUUCGAAGGAUUUAACCAAUAAUUUUGAACAAUGUGGAUGAACAAGUUGGGUGUUAAAACAGAUACUUACUAGCAGUAUUUGUAACCAUUGCAAUUUAAACUGAUUCAUUUUGAUGAAUGUCAACUAUUGACUACUGAUCUGAUGGCUUUGUAACACCACUCUAAACUUUGAAUCAGAAUGCAUAGGAUUCGACUUUAUUGAGCAUUCAUAAGGCAUAGUAGUGUAGUUGUUUCGCAUGUUUGUUUCAACACUCUUAGUUUGCAAUGCAGGCGAAGUUUUGGACGAAUGUUGUCAGCAUGAAACAAACCACCGUUUCAAUGUAUUGAGCAUUUAUAUUGUUUUUGACCAUUUAAUUCAUUUUUAUCUCCUUUAUUAGCUAUUCAUAUAUCUCACAGUCUGAAUUUACUUAUGAUUUUUAUUUCAUUGAAUUUUAGAGAUUCAUUUCCUGGCUAUUACGGCUUUGAUCUUUAUCGACCAUUAUGUGGUGAUACUUAUGAGGCGAGUGAAACUAAACCAAGUACUGCUUUCUUUUAUUUUAAAGAUGAACAAGGAUGGACAAAUCUGUAUGCAAAGAAAACACCUACAUGGUGGACUUUAUCCUACUGGUGUCAACGUCAACCACCAGAAGGUUCGUUUAUUCGCCUAACGCCUGUGUAUGGAGCAUCAGAUAAACAACAAGAAGUGAUCCAGAGAUGCUUUGAAGAUUUUAUGGCAAUACCAACCUCUGGAAUGGCUCGUUACAGCAUCGUAAUGGUUGGCAACUCACUGGCUGAAUACUUUUUUGACCCAACCACUGAAAGGUUAUGUGUAACUUUGCCAUAUGAAACACCUAAAGAGGGGUGUGAAUAUAGUCAGUUCAAUGGGAAAUUCAUGUGCUUCAACAGCUGUCUGUACAAUGGUGGUCAAGGCAAUAAGAAACCAUUGUUUCUGAUAAUCACUUUAGAACGCUUAUUAACGGGAUCUGACCCAAGCAAGGGACACUGUGAAGUACUUGGACGUCAAUGUAUCAAAUUUCGAAGUUGUGCCUGUCCAAAACGAGAUAAGGAAAAUAAUGAAAGACGUACUGGAGAUUCUUUAUUGAUAAGCACACCAUCAUUGGGUAAACGUAGAAAAGAACCAAACGAUCGUGGUGACCGUCAAGGCAAACGUCUACGCUCAAAUCAAAGAUCAUCAUCAGUUAGUAAUAUGAACACUAAUACGCAUACGAAUAGUCAGAAUAACACUGGAUUAAUUUAUGAUAAAGAUGUCAAUCUCUUACGUGAACACAACUGGAUAUCACCAAAUCAUGAACAUCUAAUGACUGAUGAAAAAUGCCCAAGUGAACCGAAUGGAGUAGAUGAUUUAUUAGAUUACUAUGGACAAGAAAACGAUUAUGAUGGUUAUGGACAAAAUACUAUUCAUUUCAAUGGUGAAUCGUAUAACUUACUAUUGGUUCCAACAAAUUUGCCCGGUGCUGUUGAAACACUGUCCAGUGUACGUUAUGGUUUAUUGCGUACUUGGAUAUAUUCAUUGGCUAAACAUCAUUACCAACAACAGUAUCACACACUGAUUAAACAGUCACCACUGAUAAGUGAUCUGGAUAACAGAAAAGAAAUUAAAAGUGAUAACAUUAAUAAUCACAAUUCGAUAGGUACUGGGAAUAGUUUGAAUGCAGGUAUGAUGUUGGGUAAAAAUGCUACAGAUAAACGAUCGGAUACUUCAGAGAGUCGAUACUAUCCAACAGCAUCAGGACACUAUCCAAAUUCGUAUAAUCGUGCGAUGAUUGGAAGCACUUUGAAUCAUUGGCUUAGAACUGAAUCACAUCUGGCGGCUUUAGUACGUGAAAGGGUUAAUCUACUGAACACUUGCCAACAAACUUAUCACUUCAGUGGUGAUUCUACUGAUUCUCAACCUAAUUCUACGUUAUCUACCGGUGCGAUGGGAUUUAACGGUACAGGGAAUGUAGAUGAACCAGUAGGUCUACUGAAUCAAGAAUACUUUAAUUCUUCCAAUAUGAAUGCAUCAAUAAACAAUGAAUUACUUAAUUCAAAUUUAUCUCGUAAUUUCUCUAAUCAUCAAACAAAUAUUAUGCAAAAUAUGGCCGCUUACAUUUUAUCAUCCUCUAGUACUACUGCUAACUCAACCACAACAACAACUGCUCCUUCUACAAAUAACACUAACCAUCGUGGAUUCAUUUAUAAUGGAGCCAAUCAUAUUGAUACCAACUGGUCAUAUGAAAUAGAUCCUAGUAUGAGAUCUGGUCAGUUAUCCCAUACAGAUCAAAUAUAUGAGCCACCUCAUCAAGGUCUGACCAUCAGUAAUAAUAAUAACAAUAAUUCACUACAACUUACAUCAGAUAUGAUCGAUCCUUAUACAUUAGUUCAGCAAUUACCACAGUCAUUGUCAUCAUCAUCUCCAGUACAUCAGCACCAUCAUCUUCACUCACAACAUUCUCAUCCAUCACACGCUCCCUCUUCCAACCAGCAUCAUCAUCAUCAACAGCAUCAUCAUCCUCAUCAAAUUCAUAUGCAUCAGAAUAUGAAUAAUUCAAGUCCAAUGUCCGGUACAGAUGACAACCAUUCAUCAGCAUUUACUACAACUGCAUUGAUUUCAGACAAUUCAUUGCAUACAAAACCGCUUACAUUUAAUCCAUGUAUUCUUCCUCAAAUUACACUGACAACCGCGACAACAACAACAACGACGACAACAACAACAACAGGAGCAACAAACUUUAUGCAUGAUUUUAAUACAUCGAAUUUUUAUACUGCAGCCUAUUUUAAUCUUACUUCUAAUGCUAACAGUGAUACAAAUAGUGAUGGUAAUAAUAAUAAUAAUAUAAACUGUACAAAUGAUAAUCAAUCAACCGAUUUAAUAGAUCACAAUUCCAACUUACUUGACUCAUUAUCACGAUCCAAUUUACCAUCGAUUAUAACUCAUCGAAAUGUAUCCCAAAACUCUGCAUUAUGUAAUUACCAGUUAACUGGUCAUACGAAUCUUCCAGAAAACCUUCUGUUAUCAGAAGAAUUACUACAUAAUUGCUUGGAUGGUAAAAAGAAGUGUUAUGAUGAAUCAGACGGUGUUCAUUCUAUACUAACGAAGCACUUAAGGGGUACAUCAUUUUGCUUGUCGUCUACACAUUCACCAGAAGCAUGUGGAAGUGAAAAGUUUGUCAAGUUAGAAAUCUAAAGAAAUCUUUUUUUGUACAUCAGAUGUAUACUUUAACUUGUCUACUAUCCAUUCAAAUUAUCAUUACAUGUUAAAACAAUCUGCAUUCCACCUCAAUAAGUUGUUACAGCUUAAUUAGGCAAUCUGAUUGACAUAAUCAUUGGAUGAAUAUGCAUAUUUGUUUAAUUAGGUCAUAAGUUUAGAAAUAGAUAUUUUCAUUCCUUAAUAUCAAUAAGAACACAUUAUUAUGAACAAAAUAAAGGAAGGUCAGGAAAUUUUUUCCAUUUUCCCAGUUUAUACCAUUCAUACCGUGUCUUUAACUAUCCCUUGAGACAUGGGUAUACACAAGCAUUUGUAAAAGGUAAAUAAAAUACCAGAGGUGCAGACAAAACUUCAUGAUCAUCUAAAACACAGUUUAGUUUGUUCUCAAACUGAACAAAUAUAUAAAAACAAAAAGCCAUGCUCGGUUAUUUCCUGGCUUCUCUUAAUCUUGUUUCAUUUAGUUUAUUUGAUGUCGCAUUUAUUAUUCGUUCACUACUUUCACCAACAUCAAAAACAGCAUGAUCGUCACCAUCAGUUUCAUCAUCAUCAUCGUUAUCAUCAUCAUCAUCAUAAGAUCAUCAAUGAAAUUUUAUUUCCUUACAGCCUGACUGUCAUAUUUUUAAAAGGCACUUACUUUUAUUGAUUUUUUCUAAAUUUCAUGAAUAAAGUGUUGCAUAAAGAAACUCCCUUGUUUAUCUCCUUAAACUGCUUCAAUUAUAAUUACCGCUUUUCAUAUAAAGUUUUGUUACUUUUUCUUGUGUUAUCUUUUUGUUUUUAUAAACAUACACAAGUUUUGUAUUUUUUCCUUAGCUUCAUCAAAAAAUACACACAUUAUUGCAUAC